AUGCUGCUGUUGCUUCUCGCUCUGUUGGCCUUCCCCGCCUGCAGCCACCGCCCCGAUCUCCUCAAAGAACUGGGUGACAAUGUGCCAGCCAUGGAGCUAGUAAAUGUCUCUCCAUUAUCAUCGGAGGCUGCCAAGUCUCGCGUCCUCUGCUGGGUGAACACGUACCACGCCAACCACGACAAGCGACUUCACGCCAUCAAGCGAACAUGGGGUCGCAAGUGCGAUAAGCUGCUGUUCAUGAGCGACAUAGAAGACCUGUCAGUUCCUACUGUGGAAAUUGUAGCCCCUCCACGGCACGAGAUGCUGUGGCAGAAGCACCGCGAGAUUGUGCGGCUUUUGGUCCGCGAAUACAGCGAAGACCAAUUCGACUGGGUCUUUAAAUGCGACGACGACACCUUUUUGAUCAUGGAGAACCUCAAGACUUAUCUCAAUAGUCCCGAAAUUCGCGCAGUCGCCGAGGAUGGGCCCGUUCUUUUGGGUCAUCGGAUGACGUUGCAGUGGUGGGAAAUGCAGCGGCUGUUCGAACCUUUUGAGAACCACAAUCCGGACCGUGUGGCGGCGAUGCUCAAGGUGAAACAAGACACGAAGAAUGACGGAGGUCUACUGUAUACCCCUGGAGGAGGAGGGUAUGCUAUGAAUUGGGCAUACUUAAAGAAAUUGGAGGCGGCGUUUGAGGAACCUUUUUGUCUGCCGAACGAAGUGGUGCCGGAUGAUUGGGCUAUUUCGUUUUGCAUGCGGCAAUUCGGUGUCAUUCCGCUGGAUACGCGGGAUAAAGAGAAGAGAGAGAGGUUCCACCAGUAUGACCCCAACGAUCUGUAUACGAGACCGUACGAUGAAGAGGCCUACGAUCACAAACUCUUCUCGUCGAUUUACCAGGAGAACAAUUGGUUCUCGGAUCACUUCGGCAUUGGAUGGCAAAAUGGGAAGAACUGCUGUGCACCGGACUCAAUUACCUUUCAUUAUGUCAAGCCACCGUUGAUGGAUCUGUUUUACGAAUACUAUUAUGGACAACAGAACGCCACGAAGACUUAG